GUUAUGCCCCAAGUUUCUGCAUACCAACUCAACGAGUCAUACCUGGCCUUUCAGUGCUGUAGCAGAACUUAUAGAUAAUGCCUACGAUCCCGAUGUCAACGCGCGAAGCAAAUAUGGAUUGACAAAACUGUUCUUAAAGAUGAGAUCUGUCUCACAUUUACAGACAAUGGGAAUGGGAUGAAUUUAGACAAAUUGCACAAGAUGCUUAGUUUCGGAUUUAGUGAUAAGGUAGCCGUUCAUGGUCAUGUGCCUGUCGGUCUGUAUGGAAAUGGAUUUAAGUCGGGAUCUAUGCGUCUGGGAAAGGAUUCCAUCGUAUUCACAAAAAACGAAAUUGGAAUGCACGUGGGAAUGUUAUCUCAGACCUAUUUGGAGAAGAUUAAUGCAGAGCAUGUC